GUCCUUCAUUAAAUACGAUAUGUUUAUCGGUAACGCAAAAGCAAAAGGAGAUAACGUAUACAGAUUGUUCAAUAGCAAAAAGGACGAUGAUAGACUGUGGGUACGGCCAUUAGACGCCCAAACUGUUCAUAUCGAACCGCCAAUGCAAGACAUAUUCAAGGCUUUGGAAAUUGUCAAUCCGGUCGAUGUCAAAGUGGUUAUUUUAGGUCAGAAUCCGACUCCUCAAAACAGUAGAGCUACUGGCGUGGCAUUUAGAGUUGAUGAACCGCCCACCGUUCCAUCGGCAUUGAACGUAUUGAUGGAGGUCUGUGCUCAGAAAAUAGGCCAACCAAAGUAUCGAUCGAAUUUAAAGAGGCCAAGCUAUUUAUACGCUGGCAGCAUAAACAUAAUUUCGAGUCAAACACUCCGCUUUUAAGCUUGGCUAAAUCCAUAUGUUACAGUUCUUCUACAAAACGUAUUCUUUUUGGUAACUAUUUAGUGUCGAGAAUCAACAUCUUAAUAUAAUGUUCUUUGUGUCAAGGAUCAUUGUUGUUACGAGCUAAAAGAGCGUCUACGUAGAAGACUGCAUUGUCCUGAAUCCAAGCUGGUUUUAAAGAAAUUCAAAAUGUAAAAUUAUUAUUAAGCUAUCAUGUUGUAAAGCUUAUAAAAGUUUCUAUGCAAUGUUGGACGCCACAGCAUGAGCACACAUCUGGUGGCGUGUUGCGAGGAAAUUUUAUUGUACAUAAUGAAAACAAGAAAUAAAGAACAUAGAAACACGUGCUUCAAAGAGAUUUUUUUAGGGAAAGCUUUUCAUCCUCGUCUAUAACCAUACCGUUUGCUGCUAUCGGGUUCAGCUAC